AUGGCUGACAAGAUCAAGACGGUCAUGGCUGACAAGAUCAAGACGGUGGUGGUGCUGGUCCAGGAGAACCGCUCCUUCGACCACAUGCUAGGGUGGAUGAAGUCCCUCAACCCCGAGAUCGACGGCGUGACGGGCGCGGAGGUCAACUACUCCGUCGCCGGCGACGCCACCUCCACCCCCGUCCACUUCGGGAACGCCUCGCAGUACGUGGACCCGGACCCAGGCCACUCGUUCAUGGCCAUCUACGAGCAAAUCUACGGCGACCCCUUCACCUGGGGCAGCACCUCGCCGGCGACCAAGCCGGGGGUGACGGUCCCGCCCAUGAGCGGGUUCGCGCAGCAGGCGGAGACGGAGAAGCCCGGGACGCCCCACGCCGUCAUGAACGGGUUCCGGCCCGACGCCGUCCCGGUGUACCGCGAGCUCGUCCGGGAGUUCGCCGUGUGCGACCGCUGGUUCGCGUCCGUGCCCACGUCCACGCAGCCCAACCGGAUGUUCGUGCACUCGGCGACGUCGCAUGGACUCGUCGGCAACGACAAGAAGUUGCUCCGUGAAGGGAUGCCCCAGCGCACCAUCUUCGAUGCCCUCCAUGACGCCGGACACUCCUUCGGCAUAUACUACCAGUUCCCGCCCGCCGUCCUCCUCUACAGGAACAUGCGGCAGCUCAAGUACAUCGGCAAGUUCCACGAGUACGAGCUGCACUUCAAGCGGCACUGCAGGGAGGGCAAGCUCCCCAACUACGUGGUGAUCGAGCAGCGGUACCUGGACUGGAAGCUGCUCCCGGGCAACGACGACCACCCCUCGCACGACGUCGCCCACGGCCAGCGCCUCGUCAAGGAGGUCUACGAGGCGCUGCGGUCCAGCCCGCAGUGGAACGAGAUCCUCUUCGUCAUCAUCUACGACGAGCACGGCGGGUUCUUCGACCACGUGCCCACCCCGAUCGAGGGCGUCCCCAGCCCCGACGGCAUCGUCAGCGCCGCCCCCAUCAACUUCACCUUCGACCGCCUCGGCGUCCGCGUCCCGGCCAUGUUCAUCUCCCCAUGGAUCGAGCCGGGCACAGUGAUUCACCGGCCGUCGGGACCGGAGCCGACGUCGCAGUACGAGCACUCGUCCAUCCCGGCGACGGUGAAGAAGAUCUUCAACCUCAAGGAGUUCCUGACCAAGCGCGACGCCUGGGCCGGCACCUUCGAGAACGUGCUCACGCGAGCCACGCCGAGAACCGACUGCCCAGAAACGCUGCCGGAGCCGGUGCGGCUGCGGGAGGCGGAGGCGGAGGAGGACCAGCACCGGGAGGUGUCGGAGUUCCAGGCGGAGCUGGUGCAGCUGGGCGCCGCGCUGAACGGUGACCACGCCACGGAGGCCUACGAGAGCGACGAGCUCGUCAAGGGGAUGACCGUCGCGGAAGCCUCCGAGUACUGCCGGAGCGCGUUCACUCGGUUCCGGGAGGAGUGCCAGCGGUGCCACGACGGCGGCAUGGACGAGUCCCACGUCCCGGAGCUCCAGCCGCCGAUGGCGACAGCGACGGUGGUAUCCUCUGCGUCGAAGCUGUGCGGCUGCCUCCCCUGCUUCAGCGCGUAG